AUGACCCCGCACUCAGCCAUCACUUUCCUUUGCGGAGCAAUCAUCAACUUCUCACGGACCCAGGGCCUUUACCAAACCGACCGAAUGGCAAACGACAACAAUUGGACGUCAGAGGUCUGCGACGAAAAACUGAAGCUGCUUCUAAGUGGAGAGCGGAGCAGCACUGAAAAAGCAAAGAUACUUAUUGAUCUACUUGAAAAUGGCUACCUGUGCGUAGGCGCUGAACUCGAUCCUGACAGCAAAAAGGACGAUGACAAUAUCGAGUAUCCGGUCGGCCAGAGCCUAGCAGCCCAAGUUCCAGGAGCCCUCAAAUCCCAGGACGAUAUUAGGCUUUCACAAACCCAAAUACAAAUGGUUACUCAGGACACUUUCGGCUUUGGCGACCCAGAGUUUGUGGCUAAUAAAAAUCUCAACCGUCAACAUUCGCAAACCUCCGGCUUUGGCAACUACCAAAGAUACGCUGAUGACUUUGACAACCUAACCGACGAUGGCGGAAGCUAUUAUGGGCGUGGUGGCGCGGUUCGGACGUUCCUAGCGCUGGCCUUCGAACCCAAGGGUACAAGAAAGUGUUGGAGUUCGCCAUUAUCGCGGAUAUGCUCACAAACUGAACGAAGGUUGCAAUGA